AUGAAUUUUAUACUGCUUUAACUAGAUGAGUCUAUUUAACAAAUAAUUUAACUUUUUAAUUAAACAGAAGAUUCAUGCUAUCAAAUGAUAUACUAAAUUAUGACAUACAUAAUUGAUGAUAAUAAUGCAAUCUAAAAAUAUUAAUAGAAAUCAGAUUUACUUAAUCUCAUAUAUAAUCUCAAAAGUCAUUUAAGAUAGAACCCCUGUAACAAAGUCAAAUUGUUUAUUAUUUAGAAAGAACGAAAGAUAGGAGAUAUUGAUGAUAGUGAUUUGGAUUUACACAAAAAAUGUAAGUAGUAGUUAAAAGAACUGACUGACAAAUUAUCAAAAAGAGAUUAAUUAAUAUAAGAUUAAACAUCAUCUUAUAUGAAGGAGAUUCAAAUUCUAAGUGAAUAAAUUUAUAGACUAAAUCAUGCUUAAACAAAUAAUGAGAAUAUUUUUAUUGAUAGAAAUUUAAUAAAAGAUUAAGCUACUUUAGAUAUAAUAAAUAAAAGCUUUGAAAAAAUCUCUCAUUCAUAUGAAAAUAAGAUUAAGCAUUUAAAUAUUAUAGUCGAAGCAUAAAAAAGAGAAUUGGUAUUGACAAAACAGACAUUAAAAGAAUAUAAAUAAAAACAUGAACAUCAUUAAUCUGCUGAAUAUUUAGUUAGAAAAAUAGCAUAACUUGAAAAAGAUCCUUAUAAAAUAUGGAAAUAUUUUUAAGAUAAUCAUGGCAAUUCAUUUCUUUUAUCAGUAUUUAAACAUCAAAAAUAAGGUUAUGCAAUUAAUUAUAAAGAAAUUGAUUAGAUUCUUUCAUAAUCAAAAGUAAUAGAAAGAGAAAUGUAGAUAUAUUAAUAAUUAAUUGAAACAUCUAUUACUUAAUUUAUGGAAAAAAUUAAUUAAGAUCUAAAAAAGACAAAAGAAGCUUACACAUAAAAAGAAAUGGAAUUGACAUCUUAAAUUGCUUUAUAACAUAAAGUACAAAAUGAUCUAGAGACUAACUAUCAAAAAAUCAUUUUAUAUUGUAAUUUAACUAUAUAUUAUAAAAGUGCUCUCCCAAAAUAAAACCAUUUUAUUAAAGACUGCUAUUCAUAUUUGGAGGAAUCAACCUCAACCUAGUAAAGUAGUUUAAGCUAAUCCUAAAUAAUCAUCUUAUAUUUAAGAUUUUUUAUAAAGUAUAUUGAAACUUAAGAUUAAUUAUGAAAAUUUAGAUUAUUCUUAAAUUUAUCAUAAUUAAUUUAUAUAAUUAUAAUCAAAGAUAACUUGGUUAUAAAAAUUACUAUUGAAUUAUUAAUAGAGUUUAUAGAAAUAAUAGUUUUAAAAAGAUUAGUUAGAAAAUUAAUUGAAAUUAUUAUAAUAGAAAUGUAUAGUCAAUAAUUAAAAUGAGAAAUUUAUUGAAACUGAUAGAAAGAAGUAAAAUUAAAUUAAUAUUGAGUUUGAGAAAGAAAUAGAAGUAAAAUAAUAGCAAUUGGAUUUAGAAAUGAAUCAUUAUAAUUAAUUUAUGUAGGAGGGAAAAUAUUCUGAUUAAUACACAUAAACAGAUGAAUAUUUUACACCUUAAUAUAAACAAUUGAUAACACCUUCAAAAGUCAUUAUGUAGAAUGAAUUAAUUUAAAAUUAAUUAGAAAAUAAUAAUAAUAAUAAUAAUAAUAAUAAUAAUAAUAAUAAUAAUAAUAAUAAUAAUAAAGGUUUUAUUGAAGUUCAAAUAUUUGAUAUAGAAUAAUCAGAUGUUAAAAAAUAAAAUAAAACAUCAAUUAGGCAUUCAUUUAAAUAAUUUGAUUCAUGCAAAUCUAAAACUCCUUGCAAUAAAACAGCUUCGGGAUUUAAUACAUCUUUAGAAUCAAAUUUUAUAGAAUUAAAACCUAAAAUGAUUGCAGAAUAAAAAGAUUUUACUGUUAUUAGAAAAAAAUCUGAAGGUAAAGCUGAUUAAAAACCUAAUCCAGUUUAAAUAAUUUCUAAAAGAUAUUAAAAAGUUGAUUUAUUUAAAUAAGUUGAAUUAUUAAGUGAAUUGUAAUUGCAAUUAAAAGAAUGUGGAACACCAUAAGAUAGAAAUUAAAUGAAUUCAUCAUAAAAGUAAGAAAGAGGAUUUAGAACUGCAGUAAGACGUAAACCAAAUUUAAGCAUAACUUUUGAAUAAUUUCAUAAUGAAAUGAAUGUAGAUCCUUUAGAAAUGUUUUCAUCUACGCAAAGAUAAAAUAAAAUAAAAAGACUUUCCACAAAAGAUUGUGAAUAUUUAGUAUUAUGA